AUGGUGUACUACUACACGUCCAACGUGGUGGACCCGCCUGGCUUCAUCUACGUCGGCAAGGACAAGUUUGAGAGUAUGCCGACCACUUUUCACGUCGACAAGCUGUCCAGCGCACACGUUUACCUCCGGAUGCAACCGGACCAAGCAUGGGACUCCCUCCCCGAGGACCUCGUCGCCGACCUCGCCCAACUCACCAAGGCCAACUCCAUCGAAGGUUCCCUCCCUCCCCCUCCCCCUUCCCCCAAGCAACUCCCACUGACACAACCCCCCCAAGGUAACAAAAAGGACAACAUCACGGUGAUUUACACCCCCUGGUCCAACCUCAAAAAGGACGGCUCCAUGGACGUCGGCCAGGUCUCCUUCCACAACCCGCGCCUCGUCCGGCGUGUGCUCGUCGCCGCGCGGCAGAACCCCGUGGUCAACAGGCUGACCAAGACGCGCACCGAGGUCCAGAAGCCGGACCUGAAGCAGCAGCGUGAUGAUCGUGAUAAGGAGCGGCGUCGCAAGGCCAACGCCGCCCUGCAACUCCAAAAAAAGGAAGAGGCGCGGCAGGCGCAGGAGUGGAAGGAGAAGAAGUGGCAGAAGGACCAUGCAUAUGAUGACUUGUUUACGGAGGAGAAUAUGGAUAUGCAGAGUAAUCAGAACCGCAGCGCGGAUUGGGAGGACGACUUCAUGUAG